AUGCAGGACAAUGAAAUAGAUCCUGAAGUUACCGAUCUAAUUAAUACUGCAAACAUGGAAAUGUUAGCAACAUUAGUAUUGAACGGCGAAGGGGCCAGAUUGAUUGGAAGAAAUUCUGGAAAUUUAGAAUUGCAAGCCUUUUUAAAUAAUGUCCCAACGUACAUGCAAAAGAUAAAUAGAGUACAUAUUGCAGCUAGAGAAGGGAAUAUAAGAGAUUUACAAGCAGCUUUAGAUCGUAGGAAAUUUGCUAUUGCCCGAGAUCCUAUAUCACCGAACGGAGCAACUCCUUUGCAUGUAGCAGUUGUUUUUGGUAAAACGAAUAUCAUAAAAUAUCUAGGAGGGAGGUUUCCAGAAACUUUGUCUGCUGUUGAUUUUGAAGGCCGUACAGCUUUACAUUAUGCGGCUGUUUUACCAGAUAAUGGUCAUUAUUUUAAUUUGUUACAACAACUGGGAGCGAAUUCUAAAGAUUUAGAUGAUAUGGGACGAUCUGCUGAGGAUUAUUACAGGAAUCCUACUCUGUUGACUUUCAAACAAUUGUUAGCGGACUUUGGAGUUAGCGAAGAAGUAGCACAAGAAAUGUUUACAGAUAAAGGUUUGUAUUAA